CGCAUUGUGUGUGAUGGUCACACAAACUUGCCAAAAAUAUUCUGAGAACUUUGAUUACUUUGAACGAUUCAUCAGACAAACUUACAUCUACCGCUUUCCGAAUAAAAUGGAGCUAGACUCGGUUAAUUUCUGGGAAAACCUCAAGAAGAAAGUUGACAAGGCUGAUUAUAUUAAAACGACUGGACAUGAUCAAAUAAUAUCUGAUCUGAAGCAAGCACUGUACUCUGACUUUCCUGGCACCCCGAUCUACGCCUUCGGGUCGCGGAUUAUGGGUAUAGCAACUGCCGACUCUGAUCUGGACCUUUAUGUGGAUGCUGAUGGCAAUAACAUUUACACCGAGUACUCGACCCAAACAAGAUUGAGAAAUCUGAUGAAAAUUAAAAAAGCCUUAAGCUCCUCCGCGAAUUGGAGUUUCACAAAAAGUUUCCACGGAGUGUAUCCCCUUGUGACUGCCCGACACAAGGAUUCGAAUAUAUUGUGUGACAUUAGCUUUUCAAUGAAGAUAACCGUUGAUCAGAAUAACCUGGUUAACUAUAUCUUUGAUUUGCAACCCAUUGCCCGCUACAUGGUAAUUUAUCUGCGAAGCUGGGCCCUGGCAAAUGGUUUAAGCAAUUUUCGCGGACAUAUAUUCACCCUAAUGGUUAUAUUUUUCCUUCAAAUUCGUGGACAACUGCCUAGUGUCAGUAAUUUACAAACUAACCUUUUGCCGAAUUUUGGACCUUGGAAAACCGAUUUUGUAAAGCUCGGCUUAUCGUCUUUUAAUAUGAAGCCGAUUCCAUUGAAUGCGAUCGAAGUCCGUAAUAUUUUGAAGGAUUUCUUCAGGUACUACUCAGAAUUCGAAUAUGGUCAGUUGGUCGUGUGUCCCUGGCUGGGAAAGGGAGUUUACCGCACUAUGAUUAAGUCCUACAUGCCUUUGGGAAGCCUCCGCUUUAAGGGCCUUUUUUGUGAUCGUGCAAUGAUCAUACAGGACAUAAUACACUUGAAUCAAAAUAAAGCAUAUGCUAUCACUCAAAGUGAACUGACCAACUUUAAGUUGAUAUGUAAACAAAAUAAAUAGGAGACCAUGAAAAUUGUAUUUUAGGAUGUACCUAAACGAUAUCGAAUAAAC